AUGGUAGGCGAGUUCCAGUCACACCACUAUUCGUUACUGGUAUACGUGUUGAACAGGGUUGUGGGUAGUCAACGCGACAAGUACAAGUUCACCGAUCUAGUGCAUCUGAUGGUGGCCCAAGCCACGCGACGGUACAAACAGAAUCACAUGAGCAUUGAGGAGAUGCUCACCUUUGCCCACGAAGUGCGUCAGGCCGAAGUGUACAGUGCCGAACUGUCUCAUUUCAUGCUGAAUGUGCUCAACGACAUGCUCAUCUCCAUCGAGGACCGGCACCUGGUGCUGUUGCAGAACCAGUUUAAGAACGGCAAGAGCUAUCCCAGUGAGGUGAUUGAUAUGAUGUGUAUGCGUUUGCUAACGAGCUCGCCCAGCGCCAUCACUGGGGCCGAUCUAGCCGUACUGUGUAUGUCCAUACAUGACUGGGAUGAUGUGGGUCAGAAAGUGCUGGUGGAUUUGAGUCCGAUGGUGUUAAAGAAGGCUCCAAAACUGGGGGGACAGGACGCGGCCAAUGUGUUGUAUGCGUACGGGCGGCAGGGUGUGUUCCAGGAGGAUAUAUACCGGGAGCUAUGCGAGCAACUGUGUGUGGUUGUAGACGAUCUGGAGAUCCGGCACAUGCAGCAGAUAUCCGACGCCUUCCAGUACUUCAACUACAAACACGACGCGUUGUUGGAGUGCAUGGCUAGGCAUACGGGGACUAUAGUGGAAGCUGGGGCACCCGAAGAUUAUCCCGAGCAAAUUGUGCAGUUGUUUAGGUACACGGUGAACUGUGGGUGUUUUGUGGGGCGUCCCGAACUGUCUUUGCCGGUGGUGCGGUAUAUGGAGAUGGCUGUCGAAUCAGCCACUGUUGAGGAUUUGUCCCAUUUUACGGUGUCAUAUGGGACAGUUCUGCGGGGGGUUAACGGAAUGAAUGCGUACAGCGAGGAAAUGAUGAAGAAUAUAGGUGAGGCUAUACUCAAACUGGACAAGAGUGCUCUGGACCCCAGGGACUCUGCCAACAUAGUCUUUGGGCUGGGUAUGCUGGCGCCAAUGACUACCGGUUCUAUUAAUAGAGUGAACCAAGCGGCGCGAGACUUUGUACACGUUUUCGAAGAUCCCGCUUUCAUGCAGGAGCUGAAAGCGGUACCCAUGGGCAGAUUCAUGGCCGGGUUUGGCGCCAUCAACUUCCCCUUUCGCGUGACGUCUCUGAACAACUGCGGCGAUGUCAUCCUCGAUAAUGCCAUACAAACCUUCACGCGCCACCACUUGUAUCAAGCAUCUACAGAAAACCUGUCCUUGUUUCUGGGGGGGCUGGCCAACUACGGCUAUGUCGGCUUCCUCGAACGCGAAACGGUGAUGGACAGGAUAAGAAAAUUCCACACCCAAGAUACCUACCAGGACAUAAACAAAGGGUCUCAGUCAUCCAACCAGGAUCUCUUUGCCCUCACCCCCUCCAGAGCAGUAGCUCUGCUCUCGGCAGUGUGUAAGCUGAGGUUACUCGCCACACAGGAUCAUGACACCAUAGAACUGAAGGAGGCCCAGAGGAAAGCGGUCGUUGUGUUGAAUGCUGCGUUGCUAAGUAGUACCGAGCUCUCAAUGGGUGAUGUAGCGUCGUAUGCCGAGGCUGUGGGGAUGUUAGCCAUCAACCACCCGGAGAAUACAUCGCAUGCCGGUGCGGUGAAGUCUGCUUGGGAGCGUGUGAUCAUGCCCAAACUCCGAGCGCACACGCGGGACGGGACAUGUACACCCCUGAGCGCAACGGAGAAUAGGCAGUUGUGGGAUGGGUAUCUGGCGCUGAAACACCUAUAUCCGGACGCCGUGAAACGCUUUCAGACAGACGAUACGGAGGUGGUGAAGGGUUUGAAGUAUACGCGCACCGAUGAGGAUGUCUUCCAGCAGGGUCUGGGUUGGAAUGAGGCCAGUCGCGGGACUACCACCAAUGUACUGAACAAGUUCUUGAUGUACAUUGCGGAGGCGUUGCGCCAGGAUGGGUACGGUGUGGUAGACACGUACACACCCUAUGUACACGAGCGAACGGGUUAUACGCUUAAUGCUACCCUGCUGGUGGACCCCAGUAGUGUACCUACCGGAGAUACGGCGUCGACAAACGGCAAGUCGCGUACGCGGGGAAAGCUGAAGCCUGUGCUGGUAUAUAUUAUCAUGCAACCAGACACCGCGUAUAUACAGGCGAACGAAGUAGUGACUCAGCGCGAGCCUAGCACACGCAUGAUUGGUGGCGUGACGAGUAUGAGAGGCAGUCGUGAGGCAACGGAAGUGAAGAUGAGUGUAGAGCCCAAUGGCACGGUGCUGAUGCGGGAUCGGUUGCUAGGUUACAACGGAGUGUGCGUGUUGGGCUUGAAUAUGCGCGAUCUCAAUGAAUUAAGACAGGUUCAACGUGUUGAAUUUGCUACGAAACUGAUUAAGGUGAUGGUGGACGCUGAAGCUGCUGCGUGAGCGAGGAGAUUGCUGAAUAAAAUGGACGAUGUCUAAGCUACACUACGCAAAUUGAGAUGUGGGUGUAUACUUCCGAGUACUGAUGAUACCAUGCUGCUAUAUUUAACAUGCGUUAAAAUGUAGGAAGGGUGUGAAUCCACGAAACCCCUGGGUUUACCAUUCGCCCUCCAGAUAUCUUAGCCCGAUAUCGCAGCAGUCUAACUGCCUGUCAAACCCGUCUCGUAGAUGAGUGUGUAUGAAUGGAUUUUAGAUGGACAAAAAGUCAACAAGCUUGAUAUAAGAUAGUUGUUUUGGGAGUGAUGUACCCCAAAUGAUCGAUACAUUGACCUGCAAUGUAAGCACAAUCCCGUUGGGAAUGAAAACAAACACAUCCGCGUGUCAUAUACAGGUGCAUAUUCACGAGUACAUGUGUGCAAUAAACUUGUGGAGAAACGUGAGUUAUUGAGUACAAAAGAACGGAUGUCACUUGACUUUCUGCCUUCAAAUUUCAUUUUUAUCAAGUUGUUAUUGUAGAUUGUAGAGGAAUUCUAUAAAAGCCUAAUAUAUCCACAGCGUUCUAAUAUUGCUGUGUAAUUGCGUUUACUUGGGCAUUAUCAACAGCCAGGAAACAUCAGUCUAGCUACUGGGAACGGAAGAUGCAAAUUGAAGUAUCUGAUGAUUCAUAUUAUAGUAUGUUUCUUUACUCACUCUUAGAAGUGCCUUUAGUUCCAUGUCAGCAUACUCGUUUUCAGAAAACUAAGUCGAAUUCGGUCCCAAUAGCACGAAAAUCCGAUGCAACACAACUUCUCUCCACCUACGCGACCGUAUAAAUUCGGCCAAACUCGACCCACCACAGAUACUUCAUAAAUGUAUUGAGCUCUCGACUCCCCGUCUAGACGGCAUAGUCAAAGCAAUUAUAAGUACAGACACGGUCUCAAGGGCUACAACUGAAGGUGUUUCCCGGUAAUUUAUAUCACUGAAUCAUUCGGUAGGCGUCAACAGACAGAGAAUAACUUGGUAUUAUCAAGUCCUGCUAUAGGUUACGUCCCUUGUACUUAGCGAUGCCCUACUUCGCGAAUGUAUGUGUAUAUAUGUGAUAUCCUACAUAAAUACAUGAAUAUAUACAUGUACUCGUAUUUUAUCUCAUUAUACUUCCAACAUUUCUUUUAAUAGGUCAUUGAUAACUAUAUUUGGAAUACUUCUUGUCAGAUAUCGAACCAAACGUAUACGACACGGG